AUAAAACGCCGUCGUGUCCGAAUGGUAGAAUCUCUGAAUAGCUUAACUAGCUUUCCGCAAAGAAGAGACUUGAGAGGAACCAUAAAUCUCCACAAAGUAGUUCCCAAGAUCCGAUCCGAUCCAUUUUCACUCUCUCGCGUCCUGUUUUCACAUUUUGUGCAUGAAACGAAGAAACUCUCUCUCUCUUUGAACCGCUUUUGCCCUAGGGUUUCUCCAUAAAUGUGUGCGAUCGAGACCUAGGGUUUGUCAGGUCUUCCACUUUUGGUUCUGCAGCGUAUGUUUCAGGCGUCGUCCUUCCGAUUCCGUGCGCAAGGAAGCCAUUUUCGUCAACGCCAAUUUCAAUGAGGAGCGGUUGAUGUCGUUUCACGAAAUGGAGAGGGAUUCGUCUAACCGGCGUCGUUCCAAUGGAGAGAGCAGUUCAGCUUCGCCCGAGGACACUCGUCGGAAGCGUGCGAAGAAUUUUUGCUUAAAAGACUCUCAUUCUGUAAUUGGGAAUUCCUCGAAUACUGGGGAAUCCAGUGCUUCAGUUGAAUGCGGGGAUUAUGAUGGUUUUCAAGGAUCGUCUCUGCCAUCGAAUGGUGACGUUCCUAAGUUGAUGUCUGCUGGUGAGGAGAGUAACUUCGAUGAAGGAUAUGACAGUGACAUUUCAAAAGUGGAUGAUCUAGAGGUCAAGAUGGAUCUUACGGAUGAUUUAUUGCAUAUGGUUUUCUCGUUUCUGGAUCAUCCCAAUCUCUGCAAAGCUGCCAGGGUUUGUAAGCAGUGGCGAACUGCUAGUGCUCAUGAAGACUUCUGGAAGAGUUUAAAUUUUGAAGAUCGGAACAUAUCUGUAGAGCAAUUUGAGGACAUCUGUAGGCGUUAUCCUAAUAUCACAGCAAUCCGGAUGUCAGGUCCUUCCACUUACCAGCUUGUCAUGAAGGCCAUCUCUUCGUUAAGAAAUCUUGAGGCUUUAACAUUGGGAAGAGGACAUAUAAUGGACAAUUUUUUCCAUGCUUUAGCCGAUUGUUCUAUGUUGAGAAGACUGAGCAUCAAUGAUGCUAUACUUGGCAGUGGCAUCCAGGAGAUAUCAGUUAAUCAUGAUAGGUUGUGCCAUCUCCAGUUGACUAAAUGCCGUGUGAUGCGUAUAGCAGUCAGGUGCCCACAGCUUGAAACUAUGUCAUUGAAGCGCAGUAACAUGGCACAAACUGUGCUCAGUUGCCCUCUUUUACAAGAGCUUGAUAUUGCUUCUUGCCACAAACUUCCUGAUUCUGCUAUUCGUUCAGCUGUUACAUCAUGCCCACAAUUAGUUUCUUUGGACAUGUCUAAUUGUUCGAGUGUUAGUGAUGAGACAUUGCGGGAAAUAUCCCAGAAUUGUGCCAACCUUAGUUUUCUUGAUGCAUCGUACUGCCCAAAUGUAUCCUUGGAGAAUGUUAGACUGCCAAUGUUAACAGUUCUGAAGCUUCAUAGUUGUGAUGGCAUCGCCUCAGUGGCUGCAAUAGCUUAUAGUUCUAUGUUGGAGGUUUUGGAGCUUGAUAAUUGUAGCCUAUUGACAUCAGUGUCUUUAGAUCUUCCCCGCUUGCAGAAUAUUAGAUUGGUUCAUUGUCGCAAAUUUGCUGAUUUGAACUUGAUGACUCCAAUGCUUUCUUCUAUUUUGGUGUCCAAUUGCCCUGUGCUCGAGAAGAUCAACAUCACUUCAAAUUCACUUCAAAAAUUAACAAUACCAAAGCAGGACAACUUAAUCACAUUAGCUCUGAAAUGCCAAUCUUUACAAGAAGUGGAUCUCUCGGAGUGUGAAUCUUUGACUAACAACGUAUGCAAUGUUUUUAAUGGUGGAGGAUGCCCAAUGUUAAAAUCAUUAGUUCUUGAUAAUUGUGAGGGUUUGACAUCAGUUCAAUUCAUCAGUACCUCUUUAAUCAGUCUUUCGCUUGGUGGUUGCCGGGCAAUAACUAAUCUUGAUCUCAAUUGCCCUAAGCUAGAGAAAGUAAUUUUGGAUGGUUGUGAUCAUUUGGAAAGUGCAUCAUUUUGUCCAGUCGGUCUUUCAUCUCUCAAUUUAGGAAUAUGUCCGAAAUUGAACACACUCCGCAUUAUAGCACCAAUUAUGAUUUCUCUUGAGCUGAAAGGAUGUGGAGUACUAUCUAAAGCAUCCAUUGAUUGUAAACUCUUAACAUCUCUUGAUGCUUCCUUUUGCAGUCGACUAACGGAUGACUGCUUGUCCGCAACAGCUCUCUCAUGCCCACUGAUUGAAUCAUUGAUAUUAAUGUCAUGCCCGUCAAUCGGUGAACGUGGUCUUCGAUCUCUAUGUUGUCUUAAAAAUUUGACUGUUCUCGACUUAUCAUACACUUUCUUGGUGAACUUGCAGCCCGUUUUUGAUUCUUGUUUGCAACUAAAGGUGUUAAAGCUUCAGGCAUGCAAAUAUCUCACUGACACAUCGCUUGAACCUCUUUACAAAGGAGGUGCUUUACCAGCGCUACAGGAGUUGGACUUGUCUUAUGGAACUCUCUGUCAGUCAGCCAUAGAUGAGCUUCUUGCUUGCUGCACAAACCUCACUCAUGUGAGCUUGAAUGGCUGUGUGAAUAUGCAUGAUUUUAAUUGGGGAUGCAGUCCUGGGCAGAUUGACAAUAUCCCUGCUGUAAACACCCCAUAUGAAGAAAGAUCUAAUGAGAACAUCCCUGAAUCAAGUGAGCAAUCCACUCGCUUACUGCAAAACCUCAACUGUGUUGGAUGUCCAAAUAUCAGGAAGGUUGUCAUUCCAUUGAAGGCAAAUUGUUGUCAUUUGUUAUUUUUAAGCCUUUCGCUCUCUGCAAAUUUGAAAGAGGUUGAUGUUACUUGUCCCAACCUAUGCUUUCUUAAUUUAAGCAAUUGUUCCUCUCUAGAAAUUUUGAAGCUAGAGUGUCCAAGAUUGACCAGUCUAUUCCUUCAGUCUUGCAAUAUUGACGAGGAAGCUGUUGAAGCUGCUAUAUCAAAAUGCACUAUGCUGGAAAAUCUUGAUGUUCGUUGUUGUCCAAAGAUAAGCUCAAUGAGCAUGGGAAGAUUGCGCGCAGUUUGUCCUAGUUUGAAGCGUACAUUCAGCAGUCCGUCAACUUUGUUACCUUGAACAAGAAUAUCAAAAUUUUUCCUAGUGCUUUUGUUCACUUGGAUUGAAGGCGCGGCUUGGGAAUAAAUCUGGUUAUUUCUCCGUGUAUUGUAAAUGGCUAAAUUUUAAAUUUGUUGUGUUUGUUUGGCAUGUGGAAAUCAGGUCUAUAUUUGCAAUAAUUUAUCUGUUUUACUUGUCUACA